AAGCGCCAUGUCAUUGUUUUGCCAACUGUUAUUGACAGUUGAAAACUAAAAGGGAGGAAGAAGAAGGCAAACACACGAAGAAGAAACGAAAACGAACGUCGCCAGAAUAUUUUCAUCAGCGCCAUGUCGAAAAGGAAAGUGAGAUUUGAGGACGGGGACGGGGAGCUUGACCUGGAAGACGACCUCCCAAACAAAAAGAGUUGUGAGGUUGUCAGUGGACCAGGCUCCAGGUUCAAGGGUAAACAUUCUCUUGAUAGUGAUGAAGAGGAUGAAGGGGAAGACACAAACAGCAGCAAAUAUGAUAUUCUGGCCAACGAUGACGUGGAAGGCCAAGAAGGAGCAACUAUCGACUUUGAUGAGGGAGUUUCUAUUACACCUUUCAACCUGGAAGAGGAGAUGCAGGAAGGACACUUCGACUCAGAGGGAAACUAUUUCAUCAAAAAGGAACAACAGAUUAGAGACAACUGGCUUGACAACAUUGACUGGGUGAGAAUAAAAGAACAACCUUUCAAACAAAAGAAGAAAGGUCUUGGAGCCAAACGAACACGCAGAGCUGGUGAUGAGGAUGAGGCUGAGGAAGAGAAACAGAGAGAAGAGCAGCAGGCAGACCGAGAAAAAGAAGAGGAAGAAGAGGAGGAGGAGAGGGAGCCUGCUGAGGACCCCCUGGCAUCCUACACACAGCACCAGCUCACAGAAGCUGUGGUCGAACUGUUGCUACCUGGGGAGACAGUUGCCACAGCGCUCCGUCGGCUCGGAGGCCUUGGAGGACGGAAGAAGGGCAAGCUGAGAGAAGAGAAUGAACCGACAGAGGAGACCAAAAGGGAUACAGAAAAGCUUGAUAGGCUCACAGCGCUAGCUGACAGACUGGUUGGAUCUGGGAUGUUUGAAAUCUAUCAGCAAACCUAUGAAAAACUGGUGUAUUUGAUGAAGAGCAUGAACAGCAAGAGACCAGCUGUGGGGCCGGAAUCCACUGGUGGUGGUGGUGGUGAUGAUGAAGAAGAUGAGCUUGACAUGUUUGCAGAUAAAUUUGACGAGACGCAUGGUCGAAGAUCAAAGGAGGAAGAAAACAAAAGAGUGAGUGACGAAGUGCUGUGGGAGUACAAAUGGGACACUAAGGAUAAUUCAGAAAUCUAUGGCCCCUUCACCAGUCAGCAGAUGCAGGAUUGGGUGGAUGAAGGCUAUUUCAGCAGUGGUGUUUACUGCAGGAGGGUGGACCAGGAAGGAUCUCAGUUCUACAACUCCAAGAGACUAGAUUUUGAGCUCUACACAUGAUUUACGUCCAGCAUCAAACCACCACAACCAUCAUGAUCACUGUCAGCAUUCGUGUUUCAACCCUCAGUUUUUCUCCGGUCUUUUCAUCCAGGGCUGUGGUGUCAAAUCUAUCAUUUUAACAGGGGCUUUGUUUUCUGUAGAUUGUUUUUAAAUAAAUAACUCAUGUAUGCGGUGUUGCUAUCAGCCA